UUUGCAAGCCCUGAGGGGAAGAGAAAGAGGUCUAAAAGCUAAGCGCUUAUGAGCGGAGAGGGAAGCACUGAUUGAGAAAUAAAUAAGGACGCUAGUGUCAUUUGCGCUCAUAGAGGAGUCAGAUCUUAAAGAACAUUACUAUUACAAAUCUUUUCGAGCGUGGGACGUACAGCUUGCCUCCUUUCAGGAACUUUCUGCCUUUGCUUUCUUGACUCGGUUUAUUUAUUGGCGCUUUUGUGGCUUUAAGCAUAAAGUCAUAAGACUGUGCCCCACUAUAUUUACCUAGUAUAUAAACAACCUGCCAAAGUGAACAACUCGGAUUAAAAAGAAGAUCAGGCGGCACACUUGGAGACGUUUUCGCGUUCUGACAGACUUCUAGGUAUGUCUGUAGAAGAUAGUUCAACUCUGGACAGGUAACCAGGUGUCACUGUUGCUAUGGCAACACAGAUGCUGCCGUUGUUGCCUGCCCUCCUCACUGUCCUCCUCGUUUCCUGGACUGCGGCUCAGGACGUGGAUUGGCAUUUCGACCCUGCUAAGUGUCGCUAUGCUCUGGGGAUGGAGGAUGGCACCAUACCCGACUCUGACGUCACCGCAUCCAGUGCCUGGUCUGACUCAACCGAGGCCAAACAUGGCAGGUUGAGUACUGGAGAGGGGGACGGUGCAUGGUGUCCAGCUGGUCCAGUGUUUCCCAGCGGCUCGGAGUACCUGCAGGUGGAUCUGCGCAAGCUUCAUUUCCUGUCUCUGGUGGGCACACAGGGACGCCACGCAGACGGGCUCGGGCGUGAGUUUGCACGCAGUUACCGGCUGCGUUACUCUCGUGAUGGACGACACUGGAUAACAUGGAAGGACCGCUGGGGACAGGAGGUGGUGUCAGGGAACGAGAACACAUAUGAUGUGGUCCUGAAGGACCUAGGUCCGCCCAUCAUAGCGCGCAUGGUGCGCUUCUUCCCGCUGGCAGACCGUGUGAUGAGCGUGUGUCUAAGAGUUGAACUCUACGGUUGUGUUUGGAAGGACGGACUAAAGGCGUACACCGCUCCUGUGGGUCAUGUGAUGGACCUGUCAGGCACUCCUGUCUACCUUAAUGACUCCAUCUAUGAUGGCAGUAAAGAGACAGGGGUGAUGUUCGGAGGAUUGGGCCAGUUGUGUGAUGGUGUUUUAGGUGGGAAUGAUUUCAUGGAGAGUAAAGAGCUGAGAGUGUGGCCGGGAUAUGAUUACGUCGGCUGGAAUCGAGAAACCUUGGGCCAGCCUACUGUUGACAUUGAGUUUCACUUCGAGAAAACACGGGUCUUUCACACCAUGCAGGUGCACAGUAAUCACAGACACACUCAGCAUGUGCGGGUGUUCAACGAAGUGGUGUGUGAGUUUAAGGCCAGCCUGUUGAGCCCGUGGGCGGAGCCUGCAUUCAGUCUUCAAGUGCCGCUGUCUGACCUACAUGAUCCUUCGUCCCGCACCAUCUCACUGCCGCUCGGAGGACGACCGGCGCAAAUUCUCCGCUGCCGUUUUUCUUUCAGUGACCGCUGGCUCCUCAUCAGCGAGAUAAGCUUCUACUCGAUGCCAUUUGAGGAUGGAUCCAUCCUUCCUCCUCUGCCUUCCUCCAGCACUCGUCCUCUCAAUGCUACUUCUCCUCACACCCCCAGCACCGCAAACGGAACCAGCAGCCCCACCGACCUCCUCAUGACCAUUACUUCACUGCUGCCCAGCAGCAUACAAACAGAGUUUCCUGCUGUCACUCUGAGGGCGGGCUUACCUGUGGCCAAAGAUGACAGCAGCAACACAGCCAUCCUGAUUGGCUGCCUGGUUGGAAUUAUCCUGCUCCUAUUGGCUGUCAUAGCUGUCAUACUUUGGAGGCAGUACUGGAAGAAACUACUUGGCAAGGCCCAAGGCAGCCUCUCCAGCGACGAGCUGCGGGUUCAUCUUUCGGUUCCAUCGGACAAUGUGGUGAUCAAUAACACUAACACCCACACAUACUCCAGCCGCUACCAGCGGAUACACACCUUCCCCGACGACCGGGACCGCGAGGGAGAAUACCAGGAGCCCAGCACUGUACUGCGGCCCCGAGAGCAACGUGACAGCACAGCACUGCUGUUAAACAACCCAGCAUAUCAUCUCCUCCUGUCUGACCUGACACAUGGCCCCAACAGGCUGACAAACUGCCACAGCCAGCAAGAAAAGCCCCAAAACCUGUCCCAGGCAUGUGCUAUUGAUAUGGUUGAUAAAGGCCUACCAAUUCAGGAGGGACCGCCUCCUUACCCUGGAGCUCCGCCCCCUGGCCUGUCAGCGGCUCAUUAUGGAGAAGCAUCCGGAGGCGGGGGAAGCGUUCCUCAUUAUGCAGAAGCUGACAUCAUUAGUCUGCAAGGCGUUAGUGGUAACAAUACAUAUGCAGUCCCCGCCCUCUCAGCCACGCCCACUGAUUGUCCAUCUCUGCCCGAGUUGCCACGGGAACGACUUGUAUUCAAAGAAAAGCUGGGAGAAGGACAAUUUGGAGAGGUUCAUCUGUGUGAGAUUGAAAACCCUCAGGACCUUGCAAACCUCGAGUUCCCAUUUAAUGUCAGGAAAGGGCGCCCUCUGCUGGUGGCUGUGAAGAUUUUAAGGCCAGAUGCCUCUAAAAAUGCCAGGAAUGAUUUUCUGAAGGAGGUGAAGAUUUUAUCUCGCCUGAAGGAUCCGAACAUAAUCAGCCUGCUGGGUGUGUGUGUAAGCAGCGACCCAUUGUGUAUGGUCACUGAGUACAUGGAGAGCGGCGACCUCAAUCAGUACCUCUCUCAUAGAGUGUUGCUGGACAAGACCGGACCUUCACAUGAUACACCAACCAUCAGCUACCCAGCUUUGAUUUCCAUGGCAAGUCAGAUCGCAUCAGGAAUGAAGUUCUUGUCGUCUCUGAACUUUGUGCACCGAGACCUGGCCACGCGGAACUGCUUGGUGGGUGGAGAGAAGGGGGAGGGGGAGGACCGCGGCGGAGAGCGCCAGAUAAAGAUAGCUGAUUUUGGCAUGAGCAGGAACCUCUAUGCUGGCGAUUACUACAGGAUACAGGGACGAGCUGUGCUGCCUAUUCGCUGGAUGGCAUGGGAGUGCAUCCUCAUGGGGAAGUUCACAACGGCGAGUGACGUGUGGGCAUUCGGCGUGACGCUAUGGGAGAUGCUGAGUGUGUGUCAGGAGCAGCCGUACAGUCACAUGACCGAUGAACAGGUCAUUGACAACGCAGGAGAGUUUUUCAGAGACCAGGGCAGACAGGUGUACCUGUCUCGCCCGGCUGUGUGCCCACAGGGUUUGUAUGAGCUGAUGCUUAGCUGCUGGAACAGAGACUGUAAACUACGGCCUUCCUUUGCGUACAUUCACUCCUUCCUCACCGAAGACGCCAUGAACAUGGUUUAGAAAGUGACAGAGAGAUGAAAAGCGGAAGAAUGUAAGAAAGUGUGUGUGGACCACAGACUGGUGGUGUGUUUUUAAGCAGACACGGCUAAGCACUCUUAUGUAAAUUAGUGUAUUUUUUGAUGGUUGGGUUGGGGGCGAAUAAAAGCCGCAGGUUCGGUGCCCCUAAAUGACCCACUUCUCAUCCCUUAUCCUGAAAUCCUGAACUCUUCAAGCAACAUUUUAUCGCCAAAUCAUUUUAGACUCGCUGUUCCCCCACUAUCAAUACUCAUCACAUCACUAUUCCACAGUAUUUUGUUUCACAGAGACACAAAUCUCCCAGAAUGCACCACAGAAAUGGCUCUUUUUUUCUGAAACACUAUUCUGCCUCAUAUUUUCUCUGUGAACCUAAGAAUGAAACCUCUCUGUAAAUGUUUCCUGCUGUAAAACUGAAGUCUUCUGUGUUCUGUGAGGUCUAGUAAUGAUGACCAAGCGCCGACGAUGGUCUAAAAGGAAUAAUGUGAGAUUGAUUUUGGGAUAAAAUGUUGCUUGGCUUCUGAACCUUAAAUCUGGUCCUCUAACCUGUAUCAAAACUGUCUCUUCAUUCCCUAAACACUGAAAAGAUCUCAAAACAUAAUCAUAUAUACUGGUGGAGGGUUUCAUAGCUAGAUGACAGGCCGCACAAAAGCACACGGCUCUACAAACUGUCCAUUUAGGGAAACAUUUGGCAGAUAUGCGUAUUAAAACGUACAAUAGCAGAAAUACAGAAAUAGUUUUUCUACUUGCAUAUUAAGUGAAAAUAGUGAAUAACAUUUUUAUCAGUAAAUUCAGUCUAACUUUGCUAGCAUUCGUAGUCAUGUAGACAAUCUGAGGAUGUAUAAGCCAAUUUUUCAUGUCUUUUCUGUGGUGGAGGGUAAUUCAUCAUUAAGAAAUGCUCACAGAUUGUUAAACAUUCAACACUGAGUGGGACGUUUUCAUCUCAUUGAUAUGAAAUCAUUUUUAAAGAACCAUUUAAAGUGUCUAUAAAUGUCCAUAACACAUUUAAAAGAUCUUUUGGUGUCUAUUCAAAAUUAUGUACAUAAAUGGCUGAAUUAUUUACAUUAUGUAAAUAAUUAUGUACAUCAGUGGCUGAUAUGUGAAACACGGGCUCAUAACAUGAUAUUGCCAAAAUAGAAAAUGGAUUUUUGUGACUUCACCCCUAAAUGGUCCCUUAAGGUCUGUUCAGACCAUGGACAAAAACUACAAUUGUGAAGUAUCAUUAUAAUUCUGUAAGAACAAGGAAACCCACUCCACCGCUAUAAUGAUGUCAAUAUGGUGGGAAUCGCUUUCAGAAUGAUUUUUUUUCCAACUGAUGACAGCCAAUCAGAAUCUUACUUUAAGGAACUUAAGCAUUUAAAGUUGCAAAGACAAAACUGCAGCCUUUGCUUGUAAUAAACAGAGCAUUAUCAUGUGUUGGUAUGGCUUUCAUUCUUAGUUUGAGUGGGCCUUUCCUCAGUUAUCUCACCAUUUAUAGUCACUCCUCCCUUCAUUAACUAUAAAGGCCUGUUCACACCAAGAACAAUGACCAUGACGAUAAUUAUAUAGCAUUCACACCAUAAGCCGAUAAUGUUUUGUUCAUUAUAAGCACUUGCUGGAGUUAUAUUGUCGUUCACUUUAAAUAGUCAAGCACUGAACAGCUGGGUGGAUUCUGAUUGGCUGUCGAUGUUUUAUCAUCCAUCAGCUAGGAAAAAAUAUAUUCUGAAAGUAAUUCCAAUGAUAAUGUUCUUUAAGGCCCAUUCUCACCAAGGACGAUAACUAUAAAGCUUUAAUAUUUUGAAUUCUAAUAAUAAGUCCAUACUACAACCACAAUAAUAAUGACACAAAGGAACUAUAUCAUUGGAAUCACUUUAAAAAAAAAAAAUAAAAAAAAAAUGUUCCAGCUGAUUGACAGCCAACGAGAAUCCACCUGACUUUAAAGAGCAUGAGCAUUUAAAGUGGCAGAAUAAUUGCAUCACAUGCUUAUGAUAAAUAUAAAGUUAUUAGACAACAAUGUAGUUAUUGUUCUUGGCGUGAAUGGGCAUUAAGUGUGAAUGUGAUUUAUUUGCUGAUACAAAAAAUGACUUUCACUGACUUGAAUAAGCUGAACGCACACCCUGAACUUCUGGGCAUCAGUAUAUUCUGUGUGGAAUUUAAAGAUGCUUUUGGAUGGGAAUUGUAUGGAAUUGGCUACCAAUUGACUAUUUGUAAAGUCUGAAUAUGAGCCUGGAGGAAUUUAGUGAGAGAAAAAGCAGAAUGGUCACAGCCAUGUACAUUUAUACCAAUAAGUGUGUCAAAGUUAUUGCCUAGGCUAUAUAAUGAGAAAUGAACUGGAUGAACAGAAAAAUUAGCAAAGCAUUUGUCCUGAAUUUACUAUGUAAACCUGUAGGACACUUGCAGGAAACUCUCUUAAAGCUACAGUACAUAAUUGCAUACAGCAGACUGUAGAUUUAACUUGAACCUAGUGUGGUGAUGCCACCUCUUCCUCAUUUAAGAGCAAGACUGUGUGUGUAGGUGGGGGUGGAAAACAACAUGUAUACUGUAAUAUACACAGAAGAAUGUGAUUCCCAAAUGGUUAUAUUACCAUGCUGAUUAUGCUUAUUGAAUGACCUUUAACCUUUUUUUGGUACACUGAGGCCCUGAACCUUUAUUGUAUUUUUAUAAAUAUAGUUUUGGGCAUGUUCUGUCCUCAGCUAUUCAUGUUUCAUAAAUAAUGAAAAAUGUAAAUACUUCAUGGGACAUAAUUUUCUUCAUUAAUAUUGCUAUCUGUUAUUAAUCGGGUCCGUCUGUCUCUGUUUUAGACUCCUUGCCUGUGUUAGUCAGUGUCGUUGCCUGUGUUGUCUAUUUUUGUAGGUGUUUUAAUAAAGUAACCUUUUCAA